AUGGAGGAGAUCGUUCCGAACGCCGACGCGGAGGCGGCACCGAUCGAGGAUAUCAAAGACACGGAGACGCUGCUGAAGGAAUUUUUCAAGGAUGUGUCCGAGGCGACUCGAGACGCCGAGGUGGAGCGCAUCUUGUCGUGCUUUCGGUUGAAUCCGUACGAGUUCUUGAACGUGCGGUUCGAUUGCGAGAUGAAAGAGAUUCCUAGGUCGUAUCGUAAGAUUUCGCUCCUGGUUCACCCGGAUAAGUGUGCAAAUAAAGACGCCAAGGCGGCGUUCGACGCGCUCGGACAGGCGCAGAAGCUCCUGCUGAAUGAAGACUUCAAGCGCGCGUUGGACUUCAACCUUCAGCAGGCAAAGGAUGAGGUGCUUCAAACUUGGAGAAAAGAGGCGCGAGAUGACGUCGCGCUUCGUGUGAAAUAUCAGGGUAAUAAGGAGGGGAUGCUCGAAGACUUUAGCAAGACGGAUGAGUUCCACGAGCGAUGGAAAUUUGCGGCGCGCAAGUACAUCGUUGACUUAGAGUGGCGCCGUCGUAAAUUAGCGCUACGAAUCAAGGGAGAAGAGAAGCGCGUAACCGAAGAGGAGAAGGUGGAGGCGGCUCAGCGCCGCAAGGAGGCUCUCGAACGCAAGGAGUGGGAGCGAGAGGAUCGCCGAGAGGAGCGUGUGAGCGGUUGGCGAGAUUUUAUGAAGGGAGCAAAGACAAAGAAACAAAAAGUCCAGGGCGUUAAGAUGCCGACUCUCAAAAUGGAGGUUAACGAGAAAGACAAAAAGGCUGUUACUCUCGAGAGGGAUCGAGUGCUUCGUCCGGACGAGGUUAAGAGGGCGUUUUAA